AUGCCGAGCUUGAUUGAGAUUGAAUAUGGGUCAGUGUAUGUCGUGCACUCACUUCCUCCUUCCAAUCCAGAUGUGUGGACGCUGGAAGAUGAAGAUCUAAUUAAAGUGGAGGUGAAAGAUGAAGAAGAGUCGUCUGUGAGGGGUGAUGAGCCAUGUAAGGAGGAGGAGAUCCUGCCAGAGCUCAGCACAGAUGGAAAGUACAGAAGGUACAAUACCGAGAAACAUCCGGUUGUCCCUUCAGAUGGUGAAGUAGAAGGUGAUGAUGACACACAUGAUUCUUCAGAAGGAAAUCCCAUUGCCCGAGAUAUUCUUCCAGCACAUCAUGGUGCCGAUCCAUUAUCUCAUCGUUCUUCCCAUGGCGGUUGUUUUUCAGAAGACUUUUCUCCUACAACUCGUUGUACAGCCCACACACAGGGACAAAUUUUCCAAUCUCCUGAGUGUGGCAAAUGUUUUACCGGACAAGCAGAACUUAUCCCACUCCAGAGGAGUCACGCAAUGGAGAAGCAGUUUUCAUGUCCGGAGUGCGGGAAAUGUUUCACCCGUAGAGAGUCUCUCAUUUCGCACCAGAGGUCGCACGUCGGGGAGAAGCCAUAUGCAUGCUCGGAAUGUGGGAGAGGAUUUUCCUGUAGAAAACUUCUCGUCAGGCACCUGAGAAUUCACACGGGGGAAAAGCCUUAUUCCUGUUCCGAAUGCGGCAAAUGUUUUAGCCAGAAAACGACUCUUAUCAGACAUGAGCGAGUUCACACGGGGGAGAAGCCGUACACGUGUUCCGAAUGUGGGAAGUGUUUCUCCUUGCGGGAAACUCUUAUUUCCCAUGAGAAGACCCACACGGGGGAGAAGCCGCAUUCCUGUUCAGAAUGCGGGAGAUGUUUCUCCUGGAGGAAGCUUCUGACUAGACACCAGAAGAUUCACACGGGUGAGCGCCCGUAUUCGUGUUCUGAGUGUGGGAGGGGCUUCGCGCAGAAGUCCAACCUCGUCCAGCACCAGAGGAUCCACACGGGAGACAUGCCAUAUUCCUGCUCUGAGUGUGGGAGACGGUUCCCUAAAAAGGCAGAACUAAUCUCACACCAGAGGAGUCACAAUGUGGAGAAGCCAUAUCCGUGCCCCGAUUGUGGGAAAUGUUUCGCCCAUAAAUUUAUUCUCCGGAGACAUCAAAAGAGCCACAGCAGUGAUCGGCCGUUCUCUUGCUCUGAGUGUGGAAAAGGUUUCAUACAGAAAUCAGCCCUUGCCAGGCAUCAGAGGACUCACUCGGGAGAGAAGCCAUAUUCUUGCUCCGAGUGCGGCAAAUGCUUUGCCCAGAAAUCAUCUCUCAUCACCCAUGAGAAAUUUCACACGGGGGAGGAGUCCUAUUCCUGCUCGGAAUGUGGAAAGUGUUUUUCUCAGAGACGAUAUCUCAUCAUCCACGAAAGAGUUCACACAGGCGAGCGACCCUUUUCCUGCUCGGAGUGUGGGAAAUGUUUCAGGCAGAAGUCAGUUCUCGACGCCCAUGAACGAAUUCACAGGGACGAAAAGCCGUUUUCCUGCUCCGAGUGUGGGAAGUGUUUCACGCAGAUUGGACAUCUUAUUUUACACCAGAGGUCUCACACGGGAGAGAGGCCGUAUUCCUGUUCGGAGUGCGGGAAAAGCUUUUCUUCAAGGGCUCUUCUUAUCACGCACCAGAGGAUCCACACUGGCGAAAAGCCCUACUCAUGUUUGGAGUGCGGGAAAUCUUUUACGGGAAGGUCCAACCUUGCCACUCAUCAAAAAAUCCACACCGGCGCUCGGCCCUACUCCUGCUCUGAAUGCGGCAGGGGCUUUACCAACAAGUCCGGUCUGGUGAAACAUCAUCAGGUCCACACCGGGGUCCAGCCAUAUUCAUGUUCUGAGUGCGGGAAAAGGUUUUCAAAGAAACUCUCCCUUAUCUCACAUCUCAGAUUACAUAGUACCGAGAAGCCCUUUUCAUGUUCAGAGUGUGGAAAAUGUUUUACCCGCAAAUGUAAUCUCAUCACCCAUGAACGGGUCCACACCGGGGAGAAACCGUUUUCAUGUUCCGAGUGCGGGAAGAGUUUCAGCCACAAAUCGAACCUCAUCUAUCACAAGAGGUCUCACACAGCCGAGAAGCCCUUUCCUUGUUCUCAGUGCGGGAAAUGCUUUUCCCGGAAAUCGUCUCUGGUCACACACGAAAGACUUCACACCGGAGAGAAGCCGUUUUCAUGUGCCCAUUGCGGGAAGUGCUUUUCCCGAAAGUCAUUUCUCGUCAACCACGAGAGGGUUCACACAGGGGAGAAGCCAUAUGCCUGUUCCGAGUGCGGCAGGCGCUUUACCGACAGGUCGCACCUUUUUUACCACGAACGGGUUCACGCAGCUCAGAAACCGUUUUCUUGUUCCGAAUGCGGGAAGGGUUUCACGCAGAGAGCCAACCUCCUCUCGCACCAGAGAAGACACACCGGGGAAAAGCCGUAUCCGUGUUUGGAAUGUGGCGAACGUUUUACCCUGGUAGGAAGUCUUACUUUGCACCAGAGGACUCACACGGGAGAGAAACCGUUCUCGUGUUCCACGUGCGGGAAAAGUUUCUCUCAAAAAUCGACCCUUACUGCACAUGAAAUAAUUCACACGGGACAGAAGCCGUACUCGUGUCCGGAAUGCGGCAAGUCUUUCACCACCAAGUCGUACCUGGUCAUCCAUUGCCGGAUUCACACAGGCGAUCGCCCAUAUUUGUGUUCUGAGUGCGGGAAAGGCUUUGCCAAUAAAAUGACGCUGGUCAGACACAUGAGAGUCCACACUGGCGAUCGCCCAUAUUCGUGUACUGAAUGCGGAAAGAAAUUUGCCGACAAAUCCGCCUUGAACUCGCAUCUACGGUCUCACACAGCGGAGCGUCCGUAUGCCUGCUCCGAGUGUGGGAAAGGCUAUACGCACAGCUCUAACCUUACCCGACACCAAAGGAUGCACUCGGGGGACAGGCCGUACUCCUGCACCGACUGCGGCAAGUGUUUCUCACAGAUGUCCACCCUCGCCACGCACAAGAGGACUCACACCGGGGAGAAACCUUAUUCCUGCUCGGAGUGCGGGAAGAACUUCACCCAGAAGUACUAUCUCGUCAUCCACCGCCGAAUCCACACCGGGGAGAAGCCCUACACCUGCCUGAAGUGUAAAAAAUCCUUCUCGGUGAGGUCGCGGCUUAACCGCCACCAGCUCAUGCACACCAAGAAGAAGUCGUUUUCGUGCUCCAAGUGCGGGAUGUGUUUCGCGCAGAAGUCGAGUUUAGUCACCCACCGGAGAAUGCACGAAGGCGACGCAUCCCAUUCCUGCCCCGUGUGCGGCAAGUGUUUCAUACGCAAGGCCAGUCUUGCCAACCACCAGCGCAUGCACGUGGAGGGGAAGCCAUUCUCAUGCCCGGAGUGCGGCAAAUGCUUUGUGGACAAGUGGUACUUCCUCAAACACCAGCGCAUGCACACGGGUGAGGAGCGCUACACGUGCGCCGAGUGCGGGAAGACCUUUAUAGACGGGUCGUACUUUGCCAAGCAUCAGAAGCUGCACUCGGAGAAGACUAACCCGUGCUCUGACUGCGGCAAGUGCUUCGUGCUCAAAUCUGACCUGAUUAGGCAUCGGCGGAUGCACACGGGUGAAAAACCGUUCUCGUGUUCAGAGUGCGAGAAAUGUUUCACGAGGAAAGCCUCGCUUAUAUCUCAUCAGAGCAAACACAGGAGCCCCCCUACCCCCCAUCAAAUCAGAAGCAUCAGUCUUCACAUCAGGAGCCCCACAUUACACCAGAAGCCCUACUUCACAUCAGGAGCCCCCUCGCUCUUCACAUCAGGAGCCCCACAUUACACCAGAAGCCCUACUUUACAUCAGGAGCCCCCUCCCUCUUCACAUCGGGAGCCCCACAUUACACCAGAAGCCCUACUUUACAUCAGGAGCCCCCUCCCUCUUCACAUCGGGAGCCCCACAUUACACCAGAAGCCCUACUUUACAUCAGGAGCCCCCUCCCUCUUCACAUCGGGAGCCCCACAUUACACCAGAAGCCCUCUCUUCACACGUUUGGACGUGGUCGCAAGGAGCCUGGGAAUGCUUGAAAACAAGGAGCUGUAA